GUCAUUAGCUGGAGGGGUGUUUAGAUGGGGCGUUACGUUGAUGUACUCAGGCCGAAUAAACUAUGAGUUUGCAGGUUCAGUGAACAAAGAAUGGAUAUGGAAAGAUAACUUGUAUUACUUUCAUUCGCUGAAAGUCAAGUCAGAGUUGUGCUAUCACAGUGGUUGUGUAAGUUUACUGUCUUCACCGACCUCGUAUUUCAGGUUAAUACUAUCUGCUGGGAUGAUCGCGGGGAGUAUAUUUUGUCGGGUUCAGAUGACAGAUGUAUCGCUAUUGCUAACGCUUUUUCAAAGGUUUAUUAUGUUAGCUGUAUUAGUUUAAAAAUAACGGUUUCUCCUUUCAAUCAGGAUUCUGAAGGUCAAAACGCCUAUAAUUUAAAGUUGCCUGCGUACAGUAACAUUUUUACAGCGAAGUUUCUCCCUUUUUCUUGCGGAAGCGAAAUAGUUGUUGGCUUUAAAUGCGGUUGUGUCACCCAUGUUAAUCCCAACUCUAGUAUAAAGGAUAGUCUCAAGAACAUUUUCUGUCACACGUUUGCCGUGUAUGACAUUCUUACUUUGCAAGAAAUGCCUACUUGCUUUAUAACACUAUCUCAUGACCAUUCAGCCACUCUUCUGGAUACCAGAAUCACCUCCGUGCACAAGAGUCCGAGUUGUAGUCGGGGAUGCUUCAACAACACAAACUCACCAUGGGUUUCAAAUUUUUCUGUUGUCAAUCAGUUAAAGUUUCAUUUUCCAGUAACUGCUGGUGAUAUCCAUCCUUUGAAUGGAUGUCGUUCAAUCGCGCUGGCAACUGCCGACGGUUUUGUACGUCUUUUCGAUAUUCGAAAGCUCGUUUCCACUUUGUCCUCCGCAGCUGUGGGCGACCCACCCCAACCUAUGCCAUUUCGUGUAGCCAGACCUCUUGGUUUACCCGCGAAGAUAAAUUCGACCAAAACGUUCAGAUUAGAUUAUGGACCAGGUCAUAUAACGUCAGUCAAGUUUGAACCUAUCUAUGACAAGGAUCAUACUCAGUUUUGGUUACCUACUGGCCGUAAACAGUCACUUUCGUCGAAUCUUGGUGGGAAACAUUUACUUGUCAGUCAUAUGUAUGCCCCUAUUUUCUUGUAUGAUCUUUGUUCAGAAGAAACGCUUAGCGACUCUGAAGUACAGCGACCUGAUUGGCUACCGAAUACGGAUACAUGCAGUCCAUCAUCGGAAACAGAAUCUCCUCGCUCAUCGGAAGAUAGCCUUAUUUCAGAUCCGAAUAUACGUUUAACUGUUGCUCUCUAUCGAUGGCUCACCCAACAUCGAUCCAGAACAGAUGAAAACGCUGUGGAUGAAGCAUCGACUGAACCUCAAGCAGUGUCUUCAAGUCCUGCCGAAUCAACGUCUGGUCAAACUUCUUAUACAGGCUCUCAGCGUGAACAAAAACUCCCCAUCGAUUACUUAACAGAUGCAUAUAUUUCUGACAUCAUAAAUUCUUCUCCAAGAUGUCGCGAAAUAAUGAAAUAUCGUGGUCGUGAAUGCUGUAGUACUGUGGUCAAAGUGUCAACAUUUUGGGGGCGGAAUUUUAUUCUGUCCGGAUCUGAAUGUGGUCAUUUAAUUGCAUGGGAUCGUAAUACAGGAAAGCCUGCACUUGCAAUUAAAGCAGAUACAUCUGUAGUAAAUCGAAUUAUUCCUCACCCUCUUUUUCCAAUGAUUGCUGUCAGCGGAAUUGAUCGGUCCAUAAAAAUAAUUGAACCUGAUCCAAAUAUAUACGAACAAAGUGAUGUUGACGACGGUGAUGACCAUGGUGAAUCAGCGUUUAUGAAAGUAGUAAAACAACAUGAAGAAGAAGCAAGUCAGUUAUGUCAAGCAAAUGAAAUAAGAACAAAAAAAAUGUUAAGUUCUGGUAAUAAUCACUUGGAUAGUAUCGCACGUCUACGAGCUGGUCGUGUUGCACGAAUGAUUUUACUACGGCUCGUUGAAGGAACAAACUCCACAGAUUCAAGAGAUACGGAUACAAAUACCUGAAGCUCGUCUGGCUGUGACUUUUCAUGAUUCUUGAUCUCUGUGCUUUCAACUGACUUUUAUUAUUUGUCAUUUAUUCGGAUUCAAAUUCAUGUUUUUGCGAAUCGUCUGUGACAUGCUUUUAUCCCUUCUUUAAAUUUCCCUUACCACAAAAUUUGUUAUUUAGUAUUUCGUCAAAUAGUCAUUUAUCCCUAUAAGAACGACCGUAUAGUACAAUGAAA